CACACACACACACACAUAUAUUGCAUCUCAUGGUCCAAAAUACAAAUAGAUAACAAAGUAAAAAAUUACCCAAGUGCUAUCAUACUGGAAAUUCCUAAUAUUUUAGUAUCAUUCAGUGAAUUAUAUAUAUUUUUUCAAUUUUUAUCAAUUCUCAGCAAAAUUCACCAUGAAUUAUAUCUUUUAAUUCUUUUUAUGGAAGAAAUUUUUUUGGCUUAUUUAAUCUAAUACACAUCAAAAAUUUAAUUUUAAAUUAAAAAACAAAAGAAACCUUUAAACAAGUACUGUCAAUUUCCACUCCAUACUCAAAAUUUAAUUGUUAACUUUAAGUAGAUCAAACUAAUUCCAACUCCAUUUAUUUGAUUAAAACCCAAAAUUUUCUUCUCAUAUUUUCAACUUAGGGCCAUGAUUAAGUUGAAUCUAAAGUCCAUUACUUUGUGGCUGUGUAAGCGGGCCCAGCUCAAGAGCUCAAGCAUUUUUCCUCUGCAGCCUCCCCCAUCCCUCCUCCAUAACCACCGGCGGGAAGUCACCGUCGGCAAUGGCAGGGCCUUGAAUUUUACUCCUCAGUUCAGCUCGUUCAACUGGACCUAUACUACGGUCGAGGGGAGAGCUUGAGCUUCAGAAAGCUCCUGCUUUAUUUCCAUCUCUUUCGCGGCGCACUUUCACUGAAAUCAAACCUCUCUUGACAGACUUGACGGAAACUUUUCGCAUGCCACAAACCGAUCAUCACCGGUUGGUGAGCUUCGGUAGUGUCUGCUUCUCGCUGUUUCUACGUGGAUAGCUUCUGCUCCCUUCGUCAAACGCAAGGCCUUAGUGAUUUCAGUGGUUAGUCGUGGUGAAAAUUUUGCUGUGUUUGAUGAGACCAUGUCCGGGACAAUGUUGGGAAGGGAGGUAUAUGAAAGACGGGUGCGAAACCAAUUUUUUGGUUGAUGACAGAUAUGUCAUCAAAAGUGAAUGCCAUCCUCACUCUGUUACAAGGAUGCAAUAGCCUCAAGAGACUUCAAAAAAUUCAAGCCCACGUUAUAGUUAACGAUCUCGAGCACCACCCUGCAAUUUCCAGCCAACUCCUCAACUUCUGUGCUGUCUCUGUCUCUGGCUGCCUAGCAUAUGCUUGGCUUCUCUUUUCUCGCCUUCACAAUCCCCAAAUUGAAGCUUGGAAUUCCAUUAUCAGAGGCUUUUCACUCAGUCCUUUUCCUCACCAGGCUCUUCUCUUCUAUAAUCGCAUGCUUUUCACUUCCUCUUCCAAUCCAGACACCUUCACUUUCUCCUUCGCGCUCAAGGCAUGCGAGAGACUCAGGACUCUUGCCAAAUGCCAAGAGCUUCAUGCUGCAAUUAUUCGAAGUGGAUUCUUGGGAGAUGUUGUAGUCUGCACUAGUCUCAUCAAAUGCUAUACAGGGAAUGGACUGACCAACAAUGCGGAGAUUGUUUUCAACGAUAUGUCUCAACGGGAUUUGGUUACUUGGAAUGCCAUGAUUUCUUGCUACUCAAAGGCUGGUUUGCCUCACCAUGCCUUGAACCUGUAUGCUACAAUGCAAAGGGAGGGCAUGGGGCUGGAUGCUUUUACGCUUGUUGGCCUGCUGUCAUCUUGUGCUCAUGUGGGUGCUUUGGGCAUGGGAAUUGAGUUGCACAGGAUUGCCUGUGAAAGGGGCUUUGACACAAAUGUUUAUAUUGGGAAUGCCCUCAUUGACAUGUAUGCCAAAUGUGGCAGCUUGAGUGAUGCUUUCCAAAUCUUUGAUGGGAUGCGCAAGAGAGAUGUGUUUACUUGGAAUUCCAUCAUUUUCGGGUAUGGGGUCCACGGUCAUGGCACUGAAGCAAUCUCCUUGUUUGAGCAAAUGCUUAUGGCUGGAAUGCAGCCGAACUCCAUCACAUUUCUUGGUUUGCUGUGUGGUUGUAGUCAUCAAGGCUUAGUUGAGGAGGGGGUUAAGCAUUUCCACAUGAUGGGAUCUAGGUUCAAUGUAAAGCCUGGAAUUAAGCACUAUGGAUGUAUAGUUGAUCUUUAUGGGCGGGCAGGCAAACUAAGUAAGGCACUCGAAGCAAUACACAUGUGUCCUACGCAGGAUGAUCCAGUGUUGUGGCGAACUCUACUUGGCUCUUGUAAGAUUCAUAGGAACGUGGAAGUGGGAGAAGUUGCCAUGGCGAAGUUGGCCCAGCUUGGGGCGUUCAAUGCUGGAGACUGUAUUUUACUAGCUUCCAUAUAUCUUCGGGCCAACGAUGCCCAAGGUGUUGCGAGAAUGAGAAAGCUGAUUAAAAGCCAAAGAAUAAAAACAACUCCUGGUUGGAGCUGGAUUGAAAUUGGCGAUCAAGUUCACAGAUUUGUUGUGGAUGACAAGUCACAUCCUGAUUCUGCACAGGUUUAUCAAAAAUUGAGUGAAGUAAUUCAUAGGGCCACCUUGGCAGGUUAUGUGCCAGAUGAAUCUCAUGUCUUUGAAGAAUGCUUGGGAUCACUGGGCAUAUGUCAUAGCGAAAAGCUAGCAAUAGCUUUCGGGCUGGCCAGAACUCCAGAGGGAGCAAGUCUCCGUAUAGUGAAGAAUCUGAGAGUUUGUAGGGAUUGCCAUUCGUUUACCAAAUUUGUUGCAAAAGCUUUUAAUCGAGAGAUAAUUGUGAGGGACAGAGUUCGAUUUCAUCACUUUAAAGGUGGAGUUUGUUCUUGCAGAGAUUACUGGUGAAAAAGAAGAUAUUGAGACCAAAGUAGCAUCAUAUCCAACAAGCACUUCUGUAUCAAGAUCUAUUUAUUCUUUUUUCAGGCUAAUACAACAGCAUACAGAUGCUUACUGCAUACGAACAGAUGUAAGAUCUGUCAAAUUAAUCUUAAUGCCAUGGUUCACUAUCCUACUUCUUUCUUCCACUCUUACGAAACGAGACCUGUAAGCAUAUGAUUUGAUAAUCCAGAAGAAUCUCUUGAACAUAUAACUUCAUCUACAAGGAAGAAGUCCUUCUUGCUAUGGAUCCAAAUGUCUAAAUGGUGGCAAUUGCUGAUUCUGGAUUUGCAGUACCUUGUCAAAAACCAGCUAUGAUCCAAAACCAGAUCUCACCAAUGUGAGGAAAGUCAAAUGUCUGAAAUUUCUCUGUCUAGCCUCACCAAAGUGGGACAUGAGCUGCACAAGGAGUUUUUUUUAGACAUUAAUAUGAGGGAAUUAUGAUAUUCAGACGGAUUCGGGAAGACACGUAAAAGCUUGGGGUCAUUCAUCUCCUUUUCUUUCAAUUAUAAACAUGAGCUGAUGGUCUAUAUUACCUGUUUUGCAAAAGACAUACUUUCUGACGGCUGGUCAAAUCCUGGAUUGGAGCUGCUGACUUUCUUUAUUAAUGUAAUAUAAUGCCCUAUCAGUUCAGUUCAUUCCGGUGGUGAUCCCUAUUUAUAAUGGUGAUUUGCAGCCUUCUGCGGUCUUUAUUCAAGGCAAAAACAAAGUAAUGUAAAAUACAAGUACGUUGGAAAAUGAUAUUCGGUAAGGAAGCACAAACUGUUUUUGAGCACCCUACG